AUGGAGAAUGCGUAUGUGCGGUCACCAGAUGAGGUGUUGGAGUAUUUCAACGUCUCAGAACAGACUGGGCUCUCCGACAGCGCAGUCGCGGCCGCGAGACAAAAGUAUGGAAAGAAUGCUAUCCCGGAAGAUCCUCCUACGCCAUUAUGGGAACUGGUUCUCGAGCAAUUCAAGGACCAGCUAGUCAUAAUCCUCCUCGCAUCCGCCGCGAUAUCGUUCGUACUUGCGCUAUUCGAAGAGGAGGAUGGAUGGACUGCAUUCGUCGACCCUGUUGUCAUUCUCACGAUUCUCAUCUUGAACGCGAUCGUUGGCGUGAGUCAAGAAAGCUCUGCAGAGAAGGCGAUUGCGGCACUGCAAGAGUACAGCGCGAACACGGCCAAAGUCAUUCGAAAUGGUAAAAUCCGGACUGUCAAGGCUGAAGAAUUGGUUCCCGGAGACAUCGUUGAUGUGGCUGUGGGCAAUCAAAUUCCGGCAGACUGUAGAGUCCUGAGCAUCUACAGCAACAGCUUCCGCAUCGAUCAAAGUAUCCUGACUGGAGAGAGUGAGAGUGUUGCCAAGGAUACUGUGGCUGUUAAGGAUGAGCAGGCGGUCAAGCAAGAUCAGAUCAACAUGCUGUUUUCGGGCACAACUGUGGUCACUGGACAUGCGCAUGCUAUUGUGGUGCUUACUGGAACGAACACUGCAAUCGGCGACAUCCACGAGAGCAUCACUUCUCAGAUCUCCCAGCCCACGCCUCUUAAGGAGAAGCUCAACGAUUUUGGUGAUAUGCUCGCCAAGGUCAUCUCUGGUAUUUGCAUUCUAGUCUGGUUGAUUAAUAUUCGGCACUUCAACGACCCAUCACACGGAAACUCGUGGACCAAAGGAGCGAUCUACUACCUCAAGAUUGCCGUGUCGCUCGGUGUUGCUGCAAUUCCCGAGGGUCUCGCAGUGGUCAUUACUACCUGUCUCGCACUCGGAACAAGAACCAUGGCCAAGAAGAAUGCGAUUGUGCGAAGCUUGCCAUCAGUGGAGACUUUAGGUAGCUGCAGCGUGAUCUGCUCCGACAAGACCGGCACCUUGACCACCAACCAGAUGAGCGUCAGCAGAAUCGUGUACAUCAAUGAUUCGCAGUCCGGGCUGGAAGAGCUUGAAGUGGAGGGAACAAGCUUCACACCAGAGGGCAUUGUCACCAAAGGCGAGAAGGUGAUCGAGUUUCCAGCGGCUUCCUCGAAGACGAUCGCUCAAAUGAUCGAGGUUGCUGCGGUAUGCAACGAUGCAAAGCUCGCUUACGACAGCAAGACCAGCGCUUUCCUCAAUGUAGGAGAGCCGACCGAGGGCGCCCUUCGAGUCUUGGCAGAGAAGGUUGGAACACCAGACAGCUCGUACAACGCUCAAAGAGGCAGUCUCAAAGCAGAGCAAAAGCGGGACUUCGCAAGCAACUACUACGACAGCAAGGCCAAGAAGUUGAGAACAUAUGAGUUUUCGCGUGACCGAAAGAGCAUGUCCGUACUCGUCAACAGCGGCAGCACUCAACGACUUCUCGUGAAGGGAGCUCCGGAAUCGAUUAUUGAGCGAUGCACACACUGUCUGGUCGGAAGUGAUGGCAGGCAGGCCCAGCUUUCUGCCAAAUUCGGCUCUCUACUCCAGAAGGAAACUGCAAAGACAUCGAAGGAAUACAACGAACUUGAGCAGGGCAUGACUCUGCUUGGCCUCGUUGGCAUGCUUGAUCCUCCUCGUCCUGAAGUCGCAGAGGCUAUUGCCAAAUGUCGUAACGCCGGCAUUCGAGUUGUGGUCAUCACUGGUGACAACCCGACCACCGCUGAGACAAUUUGCAGACAAAUUGGUAUCUUUGGCGAGCAUGAGGAUCUCACAGGCAAGAGCUUCACUGGCCGGAAAUUCGAUGAACUCAGUGAGGACGACAAGCUCAAAGCUGCCAAGACCGCUUCGCUCUUCUCUCGUGUCGAGCCAGGUCACAAGUCUAAGCUUGUAGAUCUCCUCCAGUCUGCUGGCGAGGUUGUCGCCAUGACCGGCGAUGGCGUGAACGAUGCACCAGCCUUGAAGAAGAGUGAUAUCGGUGUUGCCAUGGGCUCAGGUACUGAUGUCGCCAAACUCGCCGCUGACAUGGUCCUGGCCGACGACAACUUCGCAACGAUAGAGACGGCUGUCGAAGAAGGCCGCAGCAUCUACAAUAACACCCAGCAGUUCAUCCGAUACCUCAUCUCGUCCAAUAUUGGCGAGGUCGUGUCGAUCUUCUUGACAGCAGCUUUGGGCAUGCCCGAAGCUCUAAUUCCCGUUCAACUUCUCUGGGUCAACCUUGUCACCGAUGGUCUUCCUGCCACAGCUUUAUCCUUCAACCCGAAAGACCACGACGUGAUGAAGCGCCCGCCAAGAAAGAGAGACGAGCCGCUUGUCGGUGGCUGGCUGUUCUUCCGCUACAUGGUAAUAGGAACCUAUGUGGGCCUAGCCACUGUCGGAGGUUAUGCUUGGUGGUUUAUGUUUUACGAACAUGGCCCGCAAAUCUCCUUCUACCAGAUCACCCACUUCCAUCGCUGCUCGACCUCAUUCCCACAGAUUGGCUGCCAGAUGUUCUCCAACGAGUCCGCCAAGACGGCUAGUACCGUAUCACUCUCGAUUCUCGUGGUCAUCGAGAUGCUCAACGCCAUGAACGCUCUCUCAUCCUCGGAGUCUCUCCUCACUCUACCAGUCUGGCGCAAUAUGGUCCUCAUCUACGCCAUCACGUUGUCCAUGGUCCUGCACUUUACCCUCCUAUACACCCCGAUCCUACAAAGUAUCUUCGAAAUCGUGCCACUGGGUUGGGACGAAUGGAAGAUCGUGCUGGCGUGGAGUGCGCCCAUCAUCGUUAUCGACGAAGUCCUCAAAUUCUUGGAAAGAGCUUUUUUCAUGGAGACGACGGAGAUUGCGAAGAGGAGCAGUAGUGGAAGGGUUAAGAAGAUUGAUUGAGUGUGCAAAAGAGGACCUGGAUGGCACCUGAUCGUUUCGGUCAUAUCGGUUGAUGAAUACUCUGAGGGUCUAAGAUUCACGUCUGUCGAUUCUUGUCUAGAAAUAGAGUAGAAAGAAAUAACAAUUCCUAUGCGAACUCGACGUCUUGAAAGCCUCGCUAGACUCGUGAUCGCCGACGG